UGCUCCGCAGUCGGCCGUCGUCUCGCGCAGCGGCCGCUGAGCAUAUCUGCGUUCACGUGCGCGGAGUGCGGCUUAGUGCGGGGAGCUCGGCCGCGCUGUGGAUUGCGUUAUUCGGAGCGCGUGAACGCCUGCGUUACGAAGCACCGCUUUGGGUUUGUUUUUUCCGCCGACUUGUGAGAGUUAGAAGCAAGCGGCCAUGACGUCUCGCGCGCCAGAUGAAGUGAGCAAACUCACUGAAAGUACAUACAAGAAUGUGAUGGAGCAGUUCAACCCAGGUCUGAGGAACUUGGUCAACCUGGGGAAGACCUAUGAGAAAUCAGUCACAGUCAUGACUCUUGCGGGAAAGGCGUAUUUUGAUGCAGUCUCAAAGAUCGGGGAGAACGCUAUCGUGUCUCCCGCCUCCAGAGAGCUUGGUGUGGUUCUGAUGGAGAUUGCAGAAGCCCACAUGAAGGUCUACAUUGAACUGGAGGAGAAUUUAAAGAGGUUCCACAGGGAGGUUAUCACAGAGCUGGAGAAGAAGACAGAGAUGGAUGUUAAAUACAUGAACGCCACUUUCAAGCGUUAUCAGUCAGAGCACAAGCUGAAGCAGGAUUUUCUGGAGCGCUCUCAGACAGACCUGAAGAAACUUAGGAGGAAAAGCCAGGGGAAGCACUCGUCCAAGUACGAGAUCAAAGAGAAUGAGUGUUUGGAGACCAUCUCUUCACGCCAGAUGGAUAUGCAGAAGUUCAUUGCCGAUGGCUGCAGAGAAGCCUUGCUGGAAGAAAAAAGGCGCUUCUGUUUCCUGGCCGACAAACACUGCAUCCUCUCCUAUCAAUUUAGCAACUUCCACGACAAAGCCAAAGAGAUCCUGACUAUGAAGCUCCCCACCUGGCAGGAGAAGUGCAACGACAUCACCAAGGUGCCAGACACAGUAGCGACCAUGAUAGAGGGCCUGUCGACCACUCCAGAACCAUCGCCGCUGCCUGAGCACUACAAUAGGAACAACGUGGAGUCAGCGGUGCCUCCUCCAGCGCCACAACUAAAGGCUCAGAUCAGUCCACUAGCCAACAUGUUCAACUCAGAGCCCAGAUCUCCUCUCACCUCCUUUUCUGACCAUAACUCCGACAAGGGUAGCAUUGGAGAGGACAGUCUCUCUCGGUCGACAUCUCAGUCCUCUGGUCUCAAUGUGGGCAGGAAGGUCCGGGUUAGGACCAUCUUCCCCCACACGUCGGGCAACAACAACACACUCCUCAGCUUCGAUGACGGAGACAUCAUCAGUUUGCUCAUCCAGGAGGAGAAGGAUGGCUGGCUGUAUGGGGAGCUGGAGAGAACACAGCAGCGAGGCUGGUUUCCUUCAUCUUACUGCAGACCUUACACAGACCCAGUGAUAUCAAACAGCAGCAGCAUGGACUCACCGCUGCGCAGUCCGAGCGUGGCCAGCCUGCAGGAGCAGGAGGGAGAGGAUGAGUCCGUGUUACUGCCACCAGCAGACUACAGUGAUGACCCCCUCUCCAGCUCAACACUGUCACCAAACACGGUUUCUUUAGCCAACGGGACAGCAAAGGCUCCCUUUUUAGGAGGUGGGAAUCCAUUUGCCACAGUGAAACUAAGGCCAACUGUCACAAAUGACAGAUCAGCACCAAUCAUCUAACACUGAGGAGGAGGCCCUUCACCGCUAACAUGCCUUGUGGGUAAUCGCGCAACAGGAGACUCCAUGCGACACGCUGAAUGUCACCCCUACCUGGCGUCUCACCAUCAUGCUAGUCUUUCUCAGUAUUGAUCUACUUUAAUGUGGGAUUCAUUGUUUCAUGUCAUAAAUGUGUACUACAAUGCCAAUGUGUGCCAGUGUGACAUUAGCCACAACAGCGAGUCACUGUAUAAUCAACCUGGAGAAUCAGUAUAACUCAGUCUAAACAUUUUUGAACUGUAAACAAAUUGUUUGAAGAAGUAAUUUAUUUGGUCUGUAUUUGUGUCAUUCACUCCAAAAAGAAAAUUUGGAACUUACUGUUUUUAAGUUAUUUUUAUUGUGACUACUGAGUUAAUGUCACUAAUUCCAGAAACAUGAGUGACUCUGCUGGGCUUUUUCAAAGUAAAAGUAAUGUUGUGUUCUGCCAUUUAGAUACAUUUAUUGUGAAACAGCAACAGAGGUGGCAUAGUUCACCAUUAACAAUAAUAAUCACUGCAGUAUUAGAUGGGUGUUUUUUACAGAUCUAAACUGAGAAAAUAACACAGAACCAAGUUUCUUGACACUUUGGUUGUGUGACAUAGAAAAAGAAUAAAAGUCAGAAUAAACCACGUACUGACAGUAAGUA